AUGCUCAAGCGAGCCACUAAGCUGCUCGAGCUGCCCGAAAAUACGAAACCAUUUAGAUUUGACGACAUUGAAGAUGCCCGACUGCCGAGACGGCCCAAAGCGCCUCGCCAAAAGGAGAAAAGCGAAACGCUUCCAAAGAAACGCCGCAAGAAGCAGGUCGAGGACGAUGACGACUACGUUGAACUGCAUUCCCAGCACACCCUACAGCUUACUGAUAGUGAGCGCCCUGGCCCAGUAAGGCGAAGCUCUUACAGUAAUCGAGGCAAGAGGGUACUGUCAGUAGGUAACGGAUUUGUUGCAAAGCCCCAUGACGAGAUGUCUGCGAGGGACUACUUCAAGGUUGUUGAUGGGUCCUUGCCUGGACCAUCACGCAUGCGUCAAAUUCUCGUGUGGUGUUUCAAGAAAAAACUUCAACAAGAUCGUGAGAAAGACGGGCCGGAGACCGACACGGCGAAAGGAAUUGCCAAAGUUAUUCAAAGUGAGAUUUUGGAUGACUUGGUUGAUAAAAAAAUUGACACUAGCUGGCUUCUGGCAAGGCGGUUUGACACGGCCGAACUACAAGGCAAACGCAUCAUCAAGAGUAACCCGCUUAAUGAUGCUAAUCGCGAAAGCGUCGAGGUCUUCCAACAAAAGCUACGAGAACUACGACAAGAGAAAGUCCUUUGGCAAAAUGCCUUUGACGCAAGCGUCAAGCCUCUUGAAGGCUUAGGCGUCAGCAUUGAGGACGAAGAAGGCAAGUAUAGCCGCGAGUUCAAGGAAUACGUGAAACAGAAAGACCCGGCGCUCGGAGCUGUACUCCAAGAGGAGCAUCUCGAGGCGCUUUCACAGCAUGUGCAGCAGGUUGAAGCGGGUGUCUCGGAGAAACUCGAGACAAAUAUGGCGCAAUUGUUCCAUACGGCAUAUCAACUUAGCAAGAGUGCUGAACUUGUUGGGAAGAUCAAGAACGAGCUGCUUGCCCCUCAAAAUUCAGGGCUUGACAGCUUGGAGGAGUUGGUUCAAUCUCGUGAGAAUAAGGAGAUCUUCACGAAGUUGUUGUUUGCUGAUAACGCGUUUUAUGAUAAGGAUGCUCAAACUUUGGGCACCUUGGAUUGGGUUCCAUACCACCAAUACCAACGCCAACCUUACGUCGCCAACGGCUAUUUAGGGAGCAGAAUUCCCAAUUUGGGUCAAGGGUUUGCGUAUGACACAUUGAGUAAUGGUACUGUUGUGGACCCUGGAACACCUGAUGCUGAGCUUCCUUCUGAUUUACUGAAUGGGUGGCCUUUAUUCAAUCGAAGAUACUCGGGAGCCUUUGUGGCAGGUUUCUACAACAUUCAGGAGAACACCACCAUGACUAACUUUCCAUGGCUUUUGCAGGAUGGAUACGAAAGUGUAGUGGCGGCUGUUCCUCAAUGGACCACCUUGACGUUGAGCGCCAAGGUAGGUGGAAAGUCCUACUCUUUGGAUCCCAGCAAUGACCCUGCAAAGUUUGGCGAAAUCACAAAUUACGCCCAGAAUUUAUCCUUGGCCACUGGAGUUGUCACUACGUCGUUCACUUGGUUAGGUUCGUUGCAAGUUACUUACUCGGUUUUGGCCCACCGUAGCAAAAUCUCGUUGGGACUUGUCAAUUUGAAGGUGCAAAAUAUUGGCUUUAACAACAUCACCGUUGAUGUGCUUGAUUCUUUGGAUUUCGAAACUGCUCAGAGAGCUCGCUUUAGGGAGACCUCAGUUGACAAAUCAAGCAAGGCGAUAUAUAUGCUUUAUUCGCCUAACGAUAUCGAUUACGUCUACGGAGCUACUUAUUCUGCCAUUCGUUAUGAUAAAUCCGAAGCCCAUUGUAUCGGAGCUGAAUUCACAACCAGUCACUACUCGCUGGGCCAGCGUAUUACAUUCGAGGUGCCAGCUGCUUCUUCGAUUGAGGCUACAAAGCAUGUUGGUGUGGUGACAUCCGAUUUGGAUCCAAAUAAAUUUGCCUCCUUUGAUGCGGUGCUACGCGAAGCUCGUUCUGUGGCUCUUGAAAAGGAGCUGUUUGACCUGCUUUUUGAAAGUCAUGCUAGCGAGUGGUCCAAGACUGUCGAUGAUGGCCUCAAGGUUGAAUUUCCUGACGAUCCGCUUUUAACACUAGCCGCAAGAGCUUCCAUCUACCACUUGAAUGCAAACACCAGAGAUGACGCCUCUGGACUCACAGCUGCUAUGGGUGUUACAGGCCUUUCGUCUGACUCAUAUGGCGGGAUGGUAUUUUGGGAUACAGAUCUCUGGAUGAUGAACGGACUUCUUCCAUUCAGUCCUUCUCACGCUCGUUCUUUCGUUAAUUAUCGUCUUCACACUCAUGAACAGGCUCGCAAGAACAUCGAGAGUGAUUAUGCUCCAAAGAAAGACAUGCAUGGCGCCGCAUUCCCAUGGACUAGUGGUAGGUACGGCAAUUGCACUAGCACUGGCCCUUGCUUUGACUACGAGUAUCAUAUCAAUAUGGCUGUUGCUAAUUCUGCGUGGGAAUUGUUCAAGAGUGGAGCAGUCGACGACUACUUUUUGGAGCAUCUGGCUUACCCCUUGAUCAACGACGCUGCUGCCUUCUUUGCUGACUAUGUUGAGUAUAACGAUACUUUGCAAGCGUACACAACACAUAAUUUGACUGAUCCCGAUGAAUAUGCUAAUCAUGUUGACAAUGGUGCUUAUACUAACGCUGCUAUAUCUGCGACGUUUAAGUGGGCCGCUGCUGUGAGCGAGCAUCUAGGAAAGCCGGUUCCAAAAGUUUACAAUGAUAUCAUGGAUAAUGUGCAUCUUCCAAGAUCUGCUGAUGACCCGAACAUCAUUUUGGAGUUUACCGGUAUGAAUUCAUCAAUCGGCAUUAAGCAGGCAGAUGUCGUCAUGAUAACAUACCCAUUGGAGAACGAGAUGAUUACUCUGGAGCUGGCAAGAGCAAGUAUGGAGUAUGCCUCCAUGAAGCAGGUAAGCUUUGGGCCUGCCAUGACGUUCCCGAUCUUCUCGAUUGUAUCCUCUGCACUUCUGGAACGAGGUUGUUCCGCUGAUACAUACCUUGUCAAAGCUAUUCAGCCAUUUUUACGAGGUCCUUUCGCUCAGUUUUCUGAGCAGAACAGUGAUGACUACUUGUCCAACGGAGGAACUCAUCCUGCAUUCCCUUUCAUGACGGCUCAUGGCGGUUUCCUUCAGGCCAUUCUCCAAGGUCUCUUGGGUCUUCGCUUCUCCCACAAAACAGAGGAUGGAAAAAUCAUUCGCUUCCUAAAAUUGGACCCUAUAAAACUCAAAACUCUCCCUAGCGGAGUGUAUUUCGAUGGUGUUCACUACAUGAAUCAAACCUUGUCCUUCAAUUUGACCUCCGACGGAUUGCAUGUCAUGCAUCAAGGUCCGAUGAAAGGCAUGAAACCCAAGAAAAUCAAGAUCGAAUUGGGCUCACGUAACCCAGAUGCUGGUGAGCAUACUCUUAUGCCUGGAACUGAUGUUCACUUCAAUCUUUAUGAGACAACUGAUUCGUUCCAAGAUAGUCUUUCCGAGUGUGGUAAAGCAAUCUUCACGAAUAUAACUGAGUGUGCUCCAGGAGAUUCAACUGUGUUAGCUAAUGAUGGAGAUAACACUACGCAUUGGCAAGCUAUAUCCCCGGAGAAAAGCAAAAUUUUGAUUGACUUCCGUGAGGUGGUUGAAUUGCAAAACUGUUCAAUUAACUGGGGCGACAAGCCUCCCCGUCUGGUCUCUCUCUCUGCAGCAGCUCAGGAUUUGAACUCCGAUCAUCGUGAUUUGCUUGAUUCGAUUGACUUUUUGAGCCAUGUCGAUUUCAACACUGAUUUGCCGGAAAAAUACAAAUUCAACAAUCCGACUGGAAAGCUCUACAAACAAAAAAGUAUUUUUGCAACAGUCGCCUCUACGUCAGUUGAAGUUAAUGAGCCGUUUAGGCCUGAGGAGGAAGCGUUGAUCGUCUUACCCUCGCGGCACAAUACUACUGAUUUGACACUUGAUACACCCAUAAGAACCAGAUUUGCUUUGCUCGAAUUCGAAGGUGUUCAUGAUAAAACUUCUGACGACGAUACGAACUCACAAAAAGGUGCUAAAAUUUUCGAGCUCAACUUCUUUUGA